UAGAAGGGACGCGAACACAACCUUGUCUGUUCUUGUUCCACCUUGCAAUGUUCUUUUCCUCUUUUCUACAUGAUUUGAAGCAUAUCACCUCCUCACCGACAAACAGGAAGCAAGUGCGUGGGCCUGUCAAAUGUCAGUUCGUCGUGACCCAGAUGGUCUCCUACUCUGCUAUAUUUUCUAGCUCCUUUUGCGGCAGAUUGCUUGCUGAGGAGAUUACAAACUAUAAAACGUUUUUUUCCUCAGAAGUGUCAGUUUCUUUUGGACCGUCAUGUUUUACAUCUUCUUCGGGUUGUUUACUUCCAGACAAGGCUAAAUGUUAGACACUGCCACCCAUUGGAGAAGUAUGUAACUACACCUUAAAUUAUACCUCAUGCUUGCAUCCAAAGUGCUUCAAGUUGCAAAUUUCCUUCAUAACAUCUUUCUCCAGGUGCAGGGUGGCACAUUUUUAUACUUUUUUUUUUUUUUGCAUGGUAAUAUUGUCUCCAACGUGACGGACUGCAACAAACGACAACACAAACUGGAUGUGCCACUGCGCACGGUAAACUCCAAUCUCGUCAGUCACACUGGAUUUAAAUGGCAAUAGAGUGAUGCUUUAUGAAGUAUCGAGGAUCCUGUUCAUGGAAGUCAUCCCUGCGAUCAACACCAUCAUCCCCGAACUCCUCUCCUCCAAGCUUCUCCAGCUUAGCGUCUUGCCAGGCAUCUGCAAGUGGAUCUAAAUUUUCCUGACGGGCAGGACAUCGCAGGUGAAGCUGGGGGACACCACCUCAUCCACACGCACCAUCGGCACCCCAAGGUUGUGUCCUCUCCCCACUGCUCUUCUUCUUUUACAUGAACGACUGCACCUCAGAGCACCCAGCUGUCAAACUCCUGAAGUUCACAGAUGAGACCGCAAUCAAAGAGCUCAUCAAAGAUGGCGACAAGUCUGCAUAUCAUCAGGAAGUGGAGUGACUGGAGCUUUGGUGUGGCCAACAUCAACACACUAAAGAAUGUAGAAAUGAUUGUGGACUUUAGGAGGCUUCCUUCACCACAGCUGCAAGUCAUGCUGUCCAAUUGUUCUGUGUCAACUCUCGAGACCCUCAAUUUCUAUGGAAUUAGUCUCACAGUAGCUGAAAUGGGAGACGAACAUCAACUCCAUCCUCAAAAAAGCCCAGCAAAGGAUGUACUUCUUGCAGCUUCUGAGAAAGCACGGCCUGUCACAAGAGUUGCUGAGACAGUUCUCCACAGCGGUCAUUGAAUCAGUGUUGUGUACUUCCAUCAGAGUCUGGUUUGGGGCUGCCACAAAAAAAGGACAAAUUCUGACUACAGAGGGCAAUAAAAACUUGUGAAUGGAUUGUUGGCACCACCCUACCAACCCUUGAGAACUUGCACUCCACUCGAAUUAGGACAAGUUCCUAUCAGACUCUCCACAUCCUGGCCACCAGCUCUUCCAACUCCUUCCAUCGGUUUUCUGCUUUGAGUUGGUGGUGUCACAACCUGCAUUCAGACGGUACGAUGACUCCAAAAGGACACGUUCAUUUGCAAAGGGCUUACAUCCAGGAGUGGGAAGGUAAGGGCAUGAGUGGGUGCGGGGGGGAUGCAUCCUGUGUGUGUGGUGUUUGCGUGUGUGUGUGUGUGUGUGUGUGUGUGUCUUUAUUCAUCAUCCAACAGGCACAUGAGAAGCACAGAGAUAUAUAAGAUGCUGCACACCUGCAUAGCUCUGACUACGGACAUUGCCAGCUGACCUCAACCUCUUACCAAAGUUCAGGUGCCUUCGACUGACUCCUCAACAUGUUGCUCAGGAGCGAGACCGUCCGGGAGCAUAGCAGACUGCCGGCAUCUCUGGCUCUCUUCCUCGUCCUCGUGCUCCUCCUGUUCUCCUCCUGCAGCCUCAGCAGCGCACACAGCACCACGGUGGAGCACGACUUCCACAUUGUGCACAACGUCGACAACAGAAGUCCAGAAAUCGACCCCUUCUGGUACGUGGGCCGUGGCGUGAGACCCAUCGGGCGGUUUGGGAAGCGACAGAGCGCUGUUGAGACAAUGGGUGAUGUGGGGAUGCAGCCUGUUGUCAGGAUGCUGGCGCUGCUCUUCAACAGUCUGCAGAACAAGGAGAACCUGCAAAAAGAGCUGCAUGGAGAGACCAGGGACUGGCUCCCAUGACAAUGUGCAUCCCUCGCUUGCAUCAAACCAAAAAAAAAAAAAACUUUGCUUUGCUUUACACAACACGCUCAUUUGGUGUUUCUCUCUGGUGAUUGUAAAUAAAAUCAAUCUGCAAAUGUGUUUGUGUACAUUCAGAAUGACUAAUAAAGGA